AUGGCUUCGAAAUUCGAGGAGGCGCUCACCAAGGCCAUCGAGGAUGGCACUGCGGCAGGAGCAGCUGCUAUCGCCGUUGACAAAACAGGUUCGGCCCUGUCCUGCUCCAGUACCCUCCUAACAACAAUCUGCAUCCUCCAAUGCGUCGAGCGCGGCGCCUUCGCCCUCGACGAUCCGGUCUCUAAGACACUCAAGGAGUUCGAAACCUGCACCAUCAUCACCGGCAUGGACGGCGACAAGCCCAUCAUUGAGCCCUCGCCUCGCUGCCCCACGCUGCGUGAGCUCCUCACGCACUCUUCGGGCUGUACGUAUACCGCAAUGCACCCCAUCUUGUCCGAGUACUGGACCAAGCACCUCGGACGGGAACCGGACGUCGUCAACAACAACGUCAUAUACCAGCACUCAAACCCACUGGUCUUCGCGCCUGGCACCGCUUGGGCCUACGGUUGUGGCGUUGACUGGGCGGGCGUCAUGGUGGAACGUGUCUCCGGCCAGAGACUUGAGGCCUACAUGAAGGAGCACAUCUUCGACCCGCUCUCCAUGCCCCUCUCAACCUUCCACCCAACACGCAACCCAGACUUCAUGGCCAAGCUCGCCAUCCGUCCCAUGCGCCACCCCGAAACCGGCAAGCUCGUCCCCGACACGACAGGCACCUACCCCAUAAUCGACCCAGACGACGACCUCGGCGGCGCCGGCCUCUACUCCUCCGCCCCCCAAUACAUCAAGGUCCUCGCCUCCCUCCUCGCUAACGACGGCCGUCUCCUCACCCCUAACUCCCGCGCCGAGCUCCUGCGUCCCUGCCUCAGUCCCGAGGCCGAAGCCGUGCUGAACAUGGCGCUGUCGGGCCCGUUUGCGCCGUUCCUGGCCCCUGGAUACAGCGUUGCGGGCGAGAAGGCCGGGAAGGGCGGGGAGGAGGUCCAUUAUAGCUAUGCGAUUGGUGGGGGAGUGGUUGUGAAUGAAGGGGGGAUUGGUGGGUUGGCGGAUCCGGGGUUGGUGUAUUGGUCGGGACUGCCGAAUUGUAAUUGGUUCAUCGAUGUGGAGAGGGGUGUGGCGGGCGUGUAUAUUGCGCAUCUGAUGCCGGCUGGUGACAAGCCGACGCAAGAUCUGUAUAGGGCGUGGCAUGAGGCAGUGUAUAAGAUGGUUGGACAGUGA